AUCAUGCAUUUCCUCUCGGUCCGCUGUCUGAACUGCCACAACCUCGACACCUUCCCGCGGCUCAGCUACGACCAGGUCCCAUUUUGCUCACAGGCACAUCCCCCCGAGCUCCUCCAGCUCUGCGCCUCGACCAACAGCCUCGUCCCCGAAGGUCCCCUCUCGGGGCCGACACCCACAUCCACACCGACGCCUGCCCCGCCGCCACCGCCGCAAAUGUCCAGCGCAGACGACGACUUCGUCGCGCUCUUCAACCGCAACCUAUUCUUCAGCCACCCACCGGCGGCCUCGCCGCCCACACCUCCCCUCACCAGCCCCGUAGCCGCCACAUUUUCGAUAUCGCGGCACUACCACCACUCGUCGCACCCGGCGGUGCAAUCCUACUACCACCACCAGCAGCAGGUCAAGUCCUCGGACCGCGAAUACGCCGAGUACCUGAUGUCCUCGGACCUCAGCUCCCCCAACUCGCUCAACGAACUCGAGAUCGCGCUUGCGCACGAAAUAAUCUCCCCCGUCGAGUACCAGCGCUCGCUGGAAUCCUACACGCACCGCUCGCAGCUCGAAGAGAACGCGCGGCGCCACCAGGUGCUCAUGGGUUCUUCCGGAGGGGGAGGGGCCGUGGCUCUGAGCGAGAACUGUAGUGCUAUGGAGAUGCUGGCUGCGGCGAAGAGGAGCAGCAACAACAACGUGCCAAGUCGGAGUGAGUGGUGCAAUGAUUACUACGGAGGCGAUAUGGGCUACGAGGACGAGGAUGAGAUGGCGCCGUGCGCGGUGUAUACCGGUGCCAGUGGGUGCAGGUUGGCGCCGUUUGAUUAUUAG